AUGAUGGAAGCUAAAAAGAUCAAGUACGACGUCAUCGUAUUAGCCGAGAAGAACAGGCAUUGCCCACUGCACUCGAGAAUGGAGAAGAACUGUUCCUUAGGACAUGUGACGGCAGAGGCGUCGGUAGGUGUCCCUAAUACGCACUUGGCCAUGGCUAUCGGUUUGUACGAAAGCUUACAACCCGAAUCGGACGUUUGCGAUGGAGAAGGUGUGCCUCAACGCCAGCUUGAACAACUUCAAGGUCAUCGUCGUUGA